UAUUUGGAUAAGUAUCCGGACCAUGGGUAUUUAGAUGAUGAGUACCUGAAUGAUAAGUACCUGGAUGAUGAGUCUUUGAAUGAUGAGUAUUUGGAUGAUGAGAACUUGGAUGAUAUGAUAUUAGAGUGCGAAGAUACUAAUAUGAAGAGAUUAGAAUCCAAUAAUACAGAUGGUUUAAACAGUAAUGAAGCUUCACCACAGCCUACUACAUCAUCACAAAUUAAUAAGCAUAAUCUG